AUCAUUAAUAGUGUACAAGUGUAGAAGGUUGGAAGUGAUUGAAGAGCUGAUGAAAGGCGACGUGGGUCGGAAAGUUGAUGCAAAGAUAAAUAUUGGAAAGUUGAAACUUUUCAGCAACUGUAGCACGAAUUGCGGGAAGUUGUUAGAUGGAAAGCGUCACGAUUAGCAAAGUUAGUUUGGCACAGUCUUGAUGAAAGGCGUUAGUGAUGAAAGCUAGGUGUUUCAAGUUUGCAUUUGCAAUGGGAUUAGCUUUUGUGAGCUUUCAGAUAAAAUAUUAAUGGAGUUGUGUGGAGGAUGUUUCUUCCAUUUAUUUUCGUUAUAAUAUCUGAGAUCCGGCUUCAAAACUUAAUUUAGAAGUUCGUUUUUCGACUGAUUUUAUAGCCCUAUCCCAGUGAGGAGGGCAAAAAUGAUAAAGAAGCUAAUUAAAAAUGUACACAUAAUUGAGACAUUGAAAGCUUGAAAAGUUUGGCCCCUCGACUAAGAACCUGUUUUAUUCUCUCUGUCUAUCUCUGUUCUCUAUCUCUCUCUCUCGUUCUAGAUGAUGAUGGCAAGGCAUGUUUUGACGACUCGAAACUGUCGCGGCAUCACUCACUCCUCAACGGCACGGAUGCAGCCAUAAUGCAUCUGGCCCCUCCGCCCCUCGAAGCCGUCGGGUCCGACUUCAAUACCAUUCAAACGUCGUCCACGUUGGACCACAACAACCGAAACUCUGUGAGCCGUCAAAGUCUCAUGGACAUCGUGAGCGCCAAGCUGGGCAUGUCCGGUCCCCAGCUGGGCCAGAGCAUCUCGCAGCAAGGAUUCUUCUCGUCGUCCCGCGAUAGCCUGUCGGCGUCGGGCACGUCCCGGCCGCUGCAUUCCCAUGUGUCCGCCACCACCUCCGAGAUGGACCUGUCCCGGAAGGACCGGAAGCGGGAGCGGAGCAAGCUCAAGUCCGGCGACCAGCCGCUGCUCGGCUCCUGGAGCCGGACGGGACCGCGGGAGUCGAACGCGGGCACGACGGCGACCGGCGCGACCCGGGCCUCGACCAACCAUCUGGUGCCCCCGUGCGGCACCGGCAGCACCUGCAACGGAGCGGACCGGUACAUGUUCGGUCGCCGCUCGGGCUGCUCGACGUCGUCCCGCAAGUCCAACGGCCGCCGCUGGUCGUUCGUGUUCGAUCCGGCGGGCCGGCUCUGCUACUACUGGUCGAUGGUGGUCUCGAUGGCGUUCCUGUACAACUUCUGGGUGAUCAUCUACCGGUUCGCGUUCCAGGAGAUCAACGGCGAAUCGAUCGUGCUGUGGUUCUGCUUGGACUACUUUUCCGACUUUCUCUACCUGGUCGACAUACUGUUCCACUUCCGGACCGGGUACCUCGAGGACGGCGUGCUCCAGACGGACUCGACCAAGCUGCGGCAGCACUACAUGAACUCGACGACGUUCUACAUAGACUGCCUUUGUUUAUUGCCGUUAGAUUUUUUAUACUUAUCGAUAGGAUUCAACUCGAUACUGCGAUCGUUUAGGCUAGUCAAGAUUUAUCGAUUCUGGGCCUUCAUGGAUCGCACCGAGCGGCACACGAACUACCCGAACCUGUUCCGUUCGACCUCACUGAUACACUAUCUGUUAGUUAUAUUUCACUGGAACGGUUGUUUAUAUCACAUUAUCUAUAAGAAUAACGGUUUCGGCUCCAAGAACUGGGUCUUCCACGACUCGGAAUCGGCGGACGUGGUGAAGCAGUACCUGCAGAGCUACUACUGGUGCACGCUGGCACUGACCACGAUCGGUGACCUGCCGCGGCCACGCUCCAAGGCCGAGUACGUGUUUGUGAUAGCGCAGCUGCUGUUCGGUUUGAUGCUGUUUGCGACGGUCCUCGGCCACGUGGCCAACAUCGUCACCUCGGUCAGUGCUGCCCGCAAGGAAUUUCAAGGUAGGUGUCCUUUAUCCCCUCACACUCACUCCCUUGAUGCUGGUCGGUCCCACGUGGUGGUGGAUGGUGUUCAAAUGUAUGAAAAAUCGAAAUCGUUUGUGGAAAUGCCACCAAUAACGAAGAAGAUGAUGAUGACACGCAUUGUGGGCUUCCAACAGAGCAGUCAGUGGUUGUGGGGGCCAUAAAAUCCAAUGACGGCGCCGCCGCCGUUAGCACAAGCGUUGAUACGACUCGGAAUGAGUUUGUUAUAGGUGGCAUGGUGUCAAUACAGCUUGAAAUCACUAGUCGUAACUUUCGUUUUUUUGCCAUUUGCAAAAACUAUAAACUAAGAGAUUGUUACACUGUAGCCACCCUGUAAGCUAGCUGGGAUAGACGUUUAGCUUUACGGCGCAAAUCUAGGACGAAUCGCUGCUAUGUGCUGUAAAUAUCGAAAGAUCGAACACCGAAAUAAAUCUCCAAUUUCCCUUGCCUCAUAUUCCCCGGAGAAGGCGGCGUCAGCCCUACUGGCCCCUCAACAAACCGAGGGUGGCAUAAAUUUGAAUAAAACAAUAAAAUAAAACUUUAUACAUACAUCGGAAAGUCAUCGGCGAGCAAGGCGUGUUACGAAACGGACGCCAGAACCUUGACCGGAACUGCGGACAUGAUAGCGCUAUCCUCCUUUCCGUUUCCCUAACUGACCCCUACAACACAGUCUCGGGUUGCCACGUGGCUCCUCCCGUCCGGAAAAGGGAUGGUUUUCCUAAAUUUUACUGCCCCUUCAACGGCAGAACCAGCAGUGACGAAGCCUUUUCCACGGAAGGGGAA